CGAAGACGAGUUUGUACGUACAUAUGUACCGUCCCUUAUGUACAUAAUCCACUGCUCCCUUUUCUUCCUGACUAUGCCCCCAGCUUCUACUCACGAAUGCCUUCCCUCUUGACUCUUCCCAUCGAGGUACUCGAUAACAUCGCCUUCCACGUCGCCUGUCCCCAAAUCCAGGGCCUUCCAGAUGAUCUCACUUCCUUUUCCCUCGUUUCUCGUCGCAUAUACCGCACCUUCAGCGAUUCGCCAGCCCUCCAUGCCAAGAUCUUCAAGUUAAAGUUCAGUCAUAGCGCCAUUUCCCGUCGAGCAUUCGUCCCCAAAUCCAAGGAAUAUGCCUGGCAACUCAAGUGGUUCUCCCAGGUUCUCUCUCACAUUCGUCGUCGUUCGGCUGCUCUUCCAGACUAUGCCUAUGCUUUUGGCGAGCACGAUCCAGACGAGCCUUCCGUUUCCGAGCUUCUCUUCGCUCUUUGGUUCUUAUGUCUUGAUGACGAUGGCUGCAAUCGUCUGCAAAUGGAACACGCAGGCGCUUAUGAAUGGGUCACUGCUUUCGUCCAUACCCAGUUGUACGUCAAGGCAGACCUUGGUUGGCCUCUCGAGGAUGCCAGGAACUCGUGUGCGUUAUGGGUCAUGUGGUAUCUUACAACAAAAGCUCGUUUGUUUUCAGAGUCAGCAGCUGCUCGGCAGCAACUAGUGAACCGAGUCCUGCCAUUCGUGACUCUUCCCUAUCGCUAUCCUGCCGCCUUCGCCCCACCAAAUCACUUCCAUUUGCCGCUUGUUGCAGGUGGACCUGCAGAGUGGGACGACCACGCGCACACUAGUUCCAUACCCACUCCUCAUGGAAAAUAUCCCAUUUACCUGUCAUCCGAUCGCGUCUGGCGGCAUGUUCAUUUCUUCCGAAGAACACCCACCACCGUACCACUUGUCUCCGACUCUGCCAAAUUACUCUACUUCUCUCGCCGAGAGUUCACACCAUUUGGUAUCCCUCCACACCUUCCUCUCACUCGCGAAGAUCAGAGAGAACUUCUACGUCAGAGGUUCAUCGCUGAAGCACAGGAAAAUGGAAGGGUGCUCAGUUCGUUCGAACUGCAACGACUCAUCGCCGCGGAAAUAUCUCCAACGCAGGAAGACAUAAUGGAAAUGAAUGCUAGCUUGCUCGGUGGGGAACUCGUUCCCCACUCUUCUUUCGGUCAGGGUGGUGGCACUGCUUUAACAGGAGGUGCAAGUAUCGUCUUGGACGCCAAUGGUCGGAUUAUUGAAGUCGAUGAGUCAGAUUGCUCGAGUAAAAGGUGGGAUAACGAUUGGUGGCGUUUACGUCAGUGUCGUUCCUGCUGGCUACAUGACGAUAGUGCCGACACUGAAGAGACCUCCCAUGGUGACAUGAUGGCUGGCCACCCACGGCAAGGAAGAGUUUAUACACCUGGUUCAUUAACUGGCUUAUGGUCUGGGAGGAUGCUGAUUCCUUCACAGUCGCAUCUCGAAGACAUGUUGCGACCCAGAGGACCUCAACCUGAAGAUGGGCGUUUGGUUCAUCCUCGGCCUGAAGAUUUCACUGAGAAUAACUUGAGGCUCACGACUGUGCCAGUGUUCAUGCGGCUAACUGAGCACGUUUCUUAUGCUCCCAAUCCUAUGAUACCUUGCGGCGGGAGAUCAGAUUCGACAGACCCUGCUGAGCGUGAAUUCGAUCAGGGUCUGUCCAACGGCUACUUUCCCAAUGGCAUGCGACACAGGAGAUCGCCGGAUGGCGAGGGUGUGAUCUUUAGUGUUCCGCCGCCUGCAACGUCCACGAGCUCCGUUCCUCAAGAAUACUAUUACCAUACCCUCAAGUCGAAACGAGGUGGUGAUACCAACAGGCUAAAACCAGGAAAAUUUCACGACCUUGAUAGUUGUUCUGGGUGUAGAGUCGUGGCAGAAGCACGUCAAAAGGCACGAGUCUCGGCCACUGCGGAAGAAGGCGAGGAAGAUGAUGACCUCGGGGAUACUGCUUCCGAUCCUCAAGAUAGCGUGGAGGACGACGACAGCUAUUUUGAGGAAACGGCACCUCCACACGAUCCGCACAAGGUUCUCGACUGUGACGGAAUUCAGGAUAUAGUCAUCACGGGUGAAACGGAUGACCGUCAUGGACAGGCUUGGAACCAUUUUACCUUCCAAGGACGGGUUCGACACUACGAUGGAAUGGUGGGAAUCUUGAGGUGCCCGCGUAAACCUGGUGUUGGCAACGUCUUUUUCUAUGGGACUAUCAUCGGCGAACAAAAUUUUGUAGGAAACUGGAGGGUGGCUAAUGUCGAUGUUGGCAUGCCCGCCUGGGAAGGCGCUUUCAGUUUGGGCAAAAAGAUUGAGUGA